AUGGCUGAUGUGCCAAAUGUGAUUAUGGAGACGUUUGUGAAAGCGCUGACCCAGUUGAAGGAUGCAGGUGCCAUCGUCGUAGACACCACCACCAACUACACUGGGGCGCAGCUGUAUACAGAACUAGGGACGAAGGAGAAGCUUCUCUCACAACUGACAAACUUUCGAACAUCGAUGGAUGAUUUCUUACAGCAUCUUCGGUCGAAGACCUGUGCAAUCAUGCAAGAUCCUACGGAAGACUUCCCACAUCGCGAUAUCGAAUUGUGGAAGUGGGCUCUGGAGGCCAGCCCAGAUAAAGGUGCUUCCAAGGGAGCAUUCAGACGGGACAUCUACUUUGCUGGCGAGGGUGGCAUUGUGGGAGUUUUGGAGCGUUCCGACCUUGAUGCCCUUGUAUUCCCAACUACAGCAAAGAUGUCAGAUCACUUCGCCGCAGGUGGAGGGUUGCCAGUGAUAACUGUGCCCAUGGGCUAUCUGCCACAAGAGACGGAAACGAAAUGGAAUGCACGUCGCGAUCUGGUCACCGAAGCUCCGAAUAAACCAUUCGCGCUCGGCAUAACAGGCAAGGCAUUUUCAGAGCCGGCAUUGAUCAGGAUCGCCGCCGUGUUCGGGGGGUCAUCACAAGUGCGCUUGCAUGCGAGGCAUUACAAGCUCCCUGCCAGCGAUUUCGGAUCUAUCAUGCUAGGAGUCACCGAGAUCAUCAAAGGUUUAGCUGUCAUGUUGCUGCUUAGAAAACUGGCAUCGCUCUCUGCUUGCAGUAAAGUGAAAGGCCAACUUGGUCGCUCAACAUUCAACUAG